CGGCUGAAGCUGAAUCACUUCGAGCCGGGCAAGCAGAGAGAUUCCAGCUGCCAUGGCCCGGCUCCUUGUCACCUCCUGCCUGCUGGCCCUGCUCCUCAGCACCUGGACCACCGGCGCCUUCUCCAAGAAAGGCAAAGGCAAACCCGGCGGCGGUGGUUGGGGCACCGGCAGCAGUCGCCAGCCCAGUUACCCCCGCCAGCCCGGUUAUCCCCAAAACCCCGGCUACCCCCACAACCCCAGCUACCCCCACAACCCCGGCUACCCCCACAACCCUGGCUACCCUCACAACCCUGGCUACCCCCACAACCCAGGUUGGGGCCAAGGCUACAACCCAUCGAGCGGAGGGAGCUACAACCAAAAACCUUGGAAACCUCCGAAACCCAAGACCAACUUCAAGCACGUGGCUGGGGCGGCAGCGGCCGGGGCGGUGGUGGGAGGGCUGGGGGGUUAUGCCAUGGGGCGGGUGAUGUCAGGGAUGCAGCCCCGCUUCGACAGCCCCGAUGAGUACCGUUGGUGGAACCAGAACGCAGCCCGCUACCCCAACCAGGUUUAUUACCGCCAAGAUUACGGCGGCCCCGUCCCUCAGGAUGUCUUUGUUGCUGAUUGUUUCAACAUCACCGUCACUGAAUACAACAUCGGCCCCGCCGCCAAGAAGAACACCUCAGAGGCCUCCCUGGGGGGCAACCAAACGGAGACAGAGAUGGAGACCAAGGUGGUGAGCAAAGUGAUCCGAGAGAUGUGCAUCCAGCAGUACCGCGAGUACCGUCUGGCCUCGGGCAUCAGGCUCCACCUCGCCAACACCUCCCUUGCCGCCCUCCUCCUCCUCCUCCCCCUCUUCGCCAUGCCCUGAUGCUUCCCCGGGACACACACGGCCUCCCCCUCCAUGGUCUUGCUCGAGGUAAUUUUUGGCGAGGAGCCUUUGCGGCGCCCGCACUCCCCAGUGCCGCUGGUUUAGGAAACCAGCUGAAAAUUUCCUUCUCCACCCCGAGCGUGGCUGGAAAGUGAUGGAGCUGGGUGUCCCCCACCCCCAAAUAAUGGUUUUCAUCAACUCCUCCUCGGGGCUACCCUGAGAGGGCCCAAGCAGAGAGGAAGGAGCUCAGCUGGCCCAUGGCAUCCCUGCAAGAGUUUCCAAAAAAAAUGCUCUUUGCUCACAAGGAAGGGUUUUCCUUACCCUUUUUUUUUCUCCCCAAAGCCCCUUUCCCUGGGGCACUCUGUGGAUACCUGGAUUCCCCAGCAGGGAUUUUAGGAUGCUCACAGUUGGGCUUUUCAAGCACCAAGCUGCCAAGUUGCCAUUUUCAACCCUUUCCUCCUAAAAUCCACCUUCCCACCUGUAUAUAUGGACCUGCCUGCUCUGCACCUCGCAAGCUACAAACACCCCCGGCAGCAAGGCACAAAAGGAAAAUGAAUUGUUUUGGUUCGGGUUUUUUUGGUUUUGUUUUUGUUUUUUUGUGCCAAACCCCCUGCCUGGGUUUUGGUUGAAACACCCCCUCACCCCAACAAUGCUUUGCUGUCUCUUGAGCCUCGCUGUCUUUCUGUCUAAAAGCAAAAAGUGAUGCUGAAUGCUCAAAAAAACCCCAAAAAUCGUAACUCUUGGGGUGUCAUAGCCAAGAAAAAGCUCUUUAGGAGGCCGCAGUGGGGACACAUCGCACUCAGACUUCACCACCCUGACCUAAGGAUGUUAAAACACAACAAAAAGGAUGUUCAAGGGGGUCAAACACAUACCAAGAGGCUUAAAUCAGCUAAAUCAGAUGGUUUGGGGAAAACAGCAUGGGGGGAACCAAGCCUGGGGGAUGGGAGAUGCUUCCAAACCCAUUUGGUUUCAUCAGGAAUUUGUGGAAAUCUUGCUUGUGGUGUUCAGGACGUCGCUGCAGCAUCUGUGGAACUGGGCUUGUUGAAGAGAACACCUUGAAUUGUAGUUGUUCUACCUGGUGUCUUUUAGUUCACUUUCUUAUUUUGCAAGACACUGAAUGACACCGUCAGAAGGAUUUUGUGCGUCGGUGGGAGCUAAGUGGAAAAAAUAUAUAAAUAAAUAAAUAUAUGAAAAUAUUUAAAAAAAAAGAGAGAAAUGAAAUUUUUCAGGAUAUCCACCCAAAAAGCAGGGCUUUGAGGUAACCUGGCCUUUGUGAUACGUGACUGUUUUGUAAAAGCUGUCACUCUGCACGCCCCAAAGUUCUCAUUCUGAUCUGGUACCCAAGUGUUCAACAUCUGGUACAAAAUUAAAACGGCUGCAGCCAAGCUGUCCCUCAGCCUCCUUCAUUCCAACAGCUCCUGUUUGUCCCCACAACAGCUCAGACAGAUGUGGCCUUUGUCUCCCUGCCUCUCCCUGCAUUUUUCCCAUACAGAAUUUGGCACAAAUCCCACAAUUUCUAGUAACUUUUUCUACACCCACUCCUCCGUUCCACUCCCAGCCAACAAAUAAUUGUUAAUCAAGUGGCUGAGCUGCUUGGGGAUGGGGAUUUCUUCCACUCCAAGGAGUCAACACACAUUUAUAUUUCCAUUUACUCCCCAUCUUAAAAAUUAAAAAAAAAAAAAUUUAAAAAAAUCCAGUGGCAUUAAGCCCCACUGCGAACCCCAAAUCUCUCUAAGCCAGCAUCAUCGUUAGAUGACUAUAAUAAGGGUUGAAAAUCGCAAUUAACAGAUUGGAGAUUAUGGAUGGUGCUUUAAUUUGAAGCUGAAGACCAAGCCUGGAACCAGUUUGGUUUGUGCAGCCUCAGAGUGUGAUUUAUUGCCCUGCAAAACCACAAGGAUGCUCAGAAGUUUGGUCUUCCAGUGAUGCUGCAAGGAAAUCCCAGCUGACUUUCUUUCAUACUUUUGGCAGGAAAAUAGAGAAAAAAUAUCCACUAUUCUAACAAAAUAAAAUUAAUAAUUAAGAGAAUUAAUAAAUAAUAAUGGAAAUAAUGAUUA